AGUACCGCGAUGGGCGGGGCUGCAGGAGGGACUGGGAGAGCGGCCUUAGCAACGUCUCGCUUGUCUGGAAGGCUGCGGCUGCGCAGUGCACAGGCGGGUGAGGGUCUGGCCAAGGGUGCAGCUGGGCGCAUGGCAUCCAGCUGUGGCACAAGUUCAGACUUACGGAAUCAAAGAGCAGAAAAAAUUGAACUGAAUGAAAUUCAAAAGCAAGAGAUUAAAGAGGUCUUUGAUCUAUUCGAUGUCAAUGAGUCUGGCACCAUGGAUCUGAAACAACUGAAGGUUGCAAUGCAGGCCUUAGGAUUUGAACCAACAAAAGAAGAAAUUAAAGAAAUGAUAGCUGAGGUCGACAAAGGAGGACUUGGCACCAUUACUUUUGAAGACUUUUUUGCUUUUAUGAGUGUAAAAAUGAGCAAAAAGGAUGAAAAGGAAGAAAUAUUAAAAGCUUUCAAGUUAUUUGAUGAUGAUGAUACUGGGUGCAUAACACUCAACAAUAUCAAGAGAGUUGCCAAGGAACUAGGAGAAAACUUAACAGAUAAUGAACUUCAGGAAAUGCUCGAUGAAGCAGACAAUGAUAGAGAUGGAGGAAUAAAUGAAGAAGAAUUUUUGAAAAUGAUGAAAAAGGCCUCUCUUUAUUAAUAUUGUUGCUCUUUCUGCAGAGUUGUCAACAAAUUUGUAUUUAUUGUAUAGCUUAAUGGUUUAAUGUCUCAUGUAUUCAUUCUCAAG